CGACGAGACCACUGCAUCCAUUCGGUUAUCUUUUUUUCAGUCGACCGGUCAUGAUUCUGAGUGUCGUAUCGAAAGCAGCUGCCGGGGCCCUAAGGGUCGCGAAACCUUCGCUCUUGCAGAAUGAAGUGGCGAAGGUGUCGAGCGUUCUCGUUAACAGAAGAGAUUAUGCAGCCAAAACUGCAGCUACGUCCAAGGGUGGUGCACAGGGAAAAGUAGUUGCUGUUAUCGGUGCUGUUGUAGAUGUACAGUUUGAAGAUGCUCUUCCACCAAUUCUUAACGCCUUGGAGGUACAAAAUCGGACUCCUAGACUGGUACUUGAAGUUGCUCAGCAUCUUGGAGAAAACACAGUCCGCACUAUUGCUAUGGACGGUACAGAAGGUUUGGUACGUGGACAGAAUGUCCUAGAUUCUGGAUACCCCAUUCGUAUUCCUGUAGGAGCUGAGACUCUGGGUCGCAUUAUUAAUGUGAUCGGUGAACCUAUCGACGAGCGUGGUCCUAUUCCCACUGACAAACUAGCCCCUAUUCACGCGGACGCUCCCGAAUUCGUGGACAUGUCUGUCGAGCAAGAAAUAUUAGUCACAGGCAUCAAGGUUGUAGAUCUGCUGGCUCCUUACGCUAAAGGUGGAAAGAUUGGUCUUUUUGGUGGCGCUGGAGUCGGUAAGACCGUACUUAUUAUGGAACUCAUCAACAACGUAGCUAAAGCUCACGGUGGUUACUCGGUGUUUGCUGGUGUGGGCGAGAGAACGCGCGAAGGUAAUGAUCUCUACCACGAGAUGAUCGAAUCUGGUGUCAUCUCUCUUAAGGACAAGACAUCUAAAGUAGCGUUGGUGUACGGGCAGAUGAACGAGCCGCCAGGCGCUCGUGCUCGUGUAGCGCUCACUGGACUCACCGUUGCCGAAUAUUUCCGUGACCAAGAAGGUCAGGAUGUAUUAUUAUUCAUUGAUAAUAUCUUCAGAUUUACCCAGGCAGGUUCUGAGGUAUCCGCUUUGCUAGGUCGUAUUCCAUCUGCCGUAGGUUAUCAACCUACGUUGGCCACCGAUAUGGGUACUAUGCAGGAACGUAUCACUACGACGAAGAAGGGAUCCAUCACUUCCGUGCAAGCUAUAUACGUGCCGGCCGACGACUUGACAGAUCCCGCGCCUGCCACCACUUUUGCUCACUUGGACGCCACUACUGUGUUGUCACGUGCAAUCGCUGAACUAGGUAUUUAUCCGGCUGUCGAUCCUCUCGACUCCACUUCCCGUAUUAUGGACCCCAACAUUAUUGGCGCGGAACAUUAUAAUAUCGCCCGUGGCGUACAAAAGAUUCUCCAAGACUACAAAUCUCUCCAGGAUAUCAUUGCUAUCUUGGGUAUGGAUGAGUUGUCGGAGGAGGAUAAACUGACAGUUGCCCGUGCACGUAAAAUUCAGAGAUUCUUGUCUCAACCAUUCCAGGUUGCCGAAGUAUUCACCGGUCAUGCUGGGAAAUUAGUACCGUUGCAAGAAACUAUCAAAGGAUUCCAGAAGAUUUUGGGUGGAGAAUUAGAUCAUUUACCUGAAGUAGCAUUCUACAUGGUCGGCCCGAUCGAGGAAGUAGUAGCAAAAGCAGAAUCGUUGGCCAAGCAAUAAGUUAACUUAUUUACAAUCGUAAAUAAUGAUAAUGUAUCGUAAAUGCGUCAUUAAAGAUUUAUUCGGUCGUCAUUCA